CCUCAAAAGAACAAAAUACAAAAACUGGCUGUUCACCUUCUUUUGAUCAACUUUUUAGAGAGAGAAAGAGAGAGUUUUUAGAGAGAGAAACAGCGUAAUCACACCAUGUCUCUGGGCUACGCAGAGAAGCUUUCAUACAUAGAAGAUGUGGGCAAAGUUGGAAUGUCAGAAAUUUGUGACCCACUCCAUGUUCUGCAGGAAAAAAUUGAACGACUUGCUGUGAUGCUACGGAAGAGUAAGCACCUAGUGGUGUUCACAGGUGCUGGAAUAUCAACUUCUUGUGGUAUACCUGAUUUUCGAGGUCCAAAGGGUAUUUGGACACUUCAGCGUGAAGGCAAAGCCUUGCCACAAGCAUCACUGCCAUUUCAUCGUGCAAUGCCAAGCAUGACUCAUAUGGCUUUGGUUGAACUAGAGAAAGCUGGUAUCCUAAAGUUUGUCAUUAGUCAGAAUAUUGAUGGCCUCCAUCUUCGUUCUGGAAUACCAAGGGAUAAGCUUGCUGAAUUGCAUGGGAACUCCUUCAUGGAAAUUUGUUCUUCCUGUGGAAUUGAGUACUUGCGGGAUUUUGAGGUGGAAACUAUUGGAUUGAAGGAGACAUCACGACGUUGUUCCAAUGUAGACUGUGGAGCGAAACUCAGGGAUACAGUUCUUGACUGGGAGGAUGCGUUGCCUCCAAAGGAGAUGAAUCCAGCAGAGAAGCACUGCAGAAUGGCUGAUGUUGUAUUAUGCCUUGGGACAAGUUUGCAGAUCACUCCUGCAUGCAACCUCCCUCUAAAAUCCCUCCGUGGUGGGGGGAAGAUUGUAAUUGUGAAUCUUCAGGAAACUCCAAAGGACAAGAAAGCAAGUUUGGUGAUUCAUGGGUUUGUAGAUAAGGUAAUUGCAGGUGUCAUGGACCGACUUAAUAUGCGGAUUCCUCCAUUUGUUCGAAUUGAUCUUUUCCAAGUCAUUCUAACUCAUACCCUGAGUUCAGAUAAAAGAUUUGUGAAUUGGAUCCUCAGAGUAGCAAGUGUACAUGGACAGAAAGCUCCAUUACCAUUUAUCAAAUAUGUUGAGGUUUCCUUUUUAGAUGGGCAAAAUUAUAAAGAAGCUGUCCUGCAUAAGCAACCAUUUCAGCUAAAGAGGAGAACAGUGAAAACCAAAAUAUUUGAAGUGCUUUUGAAACUCAACUUCAGUGAUGGUUGUGGGUGUCUGUCCUCUCAAAUUAAAGUCCCAAUUGAUUUCAAGAUGUUCAAGUGGGAAUAGUGAAAUAGCAGCUGUUUGUUCAAGAAAAAUGCACCACAAUAAUGAUGUUAUGUUAGGGGAAAAGCCUGACAAAAUUGUACCUCGACCCUGUCCAGGUUUCGACAGACUGUUUUAACUAUGAUAAAGAUGCCAUCCUCCAAAAGCUGAGAGAUACAGCAACCGGGGAUCCAUGCUGUGGACGGCAUGAAGUCAUAGAGAAAAAGCCCAUCCCAGAUCCUAGAAGUGAAGCGACCGUUUAUGCGAUUGUAACCAAUGUCUUGCAGUACAACAAGACUGCACCUGAAAGCAAUGGUAGUGUGAUGAAAGGUCGACUUGGGGGUUUGAAUGGUAUUGAAACAUCUUGGAAGCGAUCAAGAAGUGGUAAGAGGAAGCCUAGAUCAUAGAGAUGGAACAACUUCUUUUGGUUGUGUAUAUAUAUGUUAUUAGAAUUUUCGGUUAGCUUAUAUAUGUGUAGGGACUGGGUGAAUUUUGUUAGAUUGUACACCCAGUCUCCCUAGCUAUGGAUAGGAAAGAUGGGAAGAUUGUAUUGCCAUGAGUCUGUCUAAGACACGAGCUUAUUUUUUGAACUUGUUCAAUCUAAAAUCUUGUGUUCUAUCUCCCA